AGCGCUGAGGACAAGUACAAGAUAUGGAUGAGGCACCGCUACAACGACUGCGUGGAUUGCUUGGCGGAGCUGAUGGGACACGAUGCCUUCCAGGUCAAGGAACUGUCGCUCUGCACCCUCAUGAAGUUUGUUGAGUUGGAGGCACAAUAUCCGUUGGUCAAAGUAGAGUGGAAGGGGAGUUUAACUUUCCCUCGUGAACUUCUUAAGGUAGUUGUUGAUGGCUUACUUCCCUUAAAUGAGGACGCUUCUCUCCUGAUCUCUCGCUUUCAAGAAUAUAUGGAGUAUGAUGACAUUCGGUACUUUGUCAUAAAGGCGGUCACCGAGAGUAUUGGACAAGUCAUGCAGAAGACAAAAGAGAGGCCGCUGCCAUUUUACCAGCAGAAUGUAUUUUCCCUCAUUUCGCCCAUUAACAUGCCGAACAAAGAGUGUGACAUGGUCAGAUUUAUGGUGAAGCAAGAUAACUGGGAGGAAUUGAAAGUGUCGAAGCUGCAGGCACACAAGCAGGCGUUUGAAAAAAUGUGGCUCAGUUUUUUGAAGCACAAGCUACCCGCUGGCCUUUACAAAAAAGUUCUUGUCAUUCUGCAUGACUCCAUCCUGCCUUACAUGAAUGAGCCCACUCUCAUGAUAGACUUCUUGACAGUGGCCUAUGGCAUAGGUGGAGCAAUAAGUCUUCUAGCCUUAAAUGGAUUAUUUAUUCUGAUUCAUCAGCAUAAUCUGGAAUAUCCUGACUUUUUCAAAAAGCUGUACAGUCUUUUAGACCCUUCUAUAUAUCACGUGAAGUACCGAGCCCGCUUUUUCCAUUUGGCUGAUCUGUUUUUGUCUUCAUCUCACUUGCCGGCGUACCUGGUGGCAGCAUUUAUAAAGCGCCUCUCCCGGCUGGCCCUCACUGCUCCUCCCGAGGCUCUUCUCAUGGUCAUUCCCUUCAUCUGUAAUCUCUUUCGGAGGCACCCUGCGUGCAAAGUGCUAGUGCACAGACCUAAUGGGCCAGAAGGUAUGUCAGAAGAUCCAUAUAUUAUGGAGGAGGAGGAGCCAUCUGAAAGCCGGGCUUUGGAGAGCUCUCUCUGGGAGAUUCAGUCUCUACAAAACCAUUACCAUCCAGAUGUGGCCAAGGCAGCUGCAAUCCUGAACCAGUCGCUGUCUGAGAUAGAGGAUGACAUAUCAGGACUCCUGGAGCUCUCGGGUUAUGAGCUUUUUGAUAAAGAAGUAAAGAAAAAGGCUGCUGAUGUGCCCCUGGAGUUUGAGCAAGUACGAGGUUUGUUUGGGAAGAAAAAUGAUAUUUUUGCAGAGCACUUCACUUUAGAUUGACGUGAUCUCGUAUAAACACAUCUGCACAACUGACUGGUCUUAGGGACAUGCACAAAGCUCACGUGUUGUGCUCGGCAACUCUGCCUUGGAAGUAUCUCCAUGUGAUGAGAGCUGGACUGCUUGAGAAGGGCGCAGCCUCCUUCAGUGACCUUUGCCGCUACCCAUGGAUGGACUUUCCUUUGUUGCUCCUUGUUUCUCACGCUUGCAUGUUGCCGCCUGAUACUUGAGAGGGAUUUUCCAGCAGAGCAAAUUUUUCCGGACUUGUUUAUUGCUGGAAUUCCAGCCCUUUUCUCCGAAGCUGCUGGUGCUGGCUGUCGUCGGUGACUGCAUCGACAAACCAUCUUGCUGCCGUUCGAUGGGACUGAGGGGAAGUGCGGUCUCUGACUACUGCUUUUAUUUUUCAGAUGUGUUACUUUCAUACUAGAGCUGAUAACUUGUUUGUAGCAAGUGACCUCAAUACAUAGCUGUAAACACCUGAUGAUAUUCUAAUUAUAUUUUUUAUAUACACUUUUGAACUCACGUCUUCAGGGGGAUGUUUAGCUUCUAUGUACUCAUCUUAACACUCUCGCAUUCGAGGCAUUGAAAGCCCAGAUUUGUCAAACACAACUCAUAGGUGACGCUCAGUAAUUCCAUCUGUGAAGUGUUGCUGAUGUUCCUUCAUGUACAUCCAUCUCCUGCUGUAAGGUUGCUUAAUUCAAAAUGCUCGUGAGCUUUGGAAAUGAGCAUAAUAAUCCUGGUGACUGCUGUGGCUAGGGAGGCCAGCUGAUGUGCCGUGGGAGGUAUGUCUAAUCCUUGAUUUUUGCUUCAGAAUGAUAAGCAGCUUAAUGUAGCUUUGCCUGCAGCCUGCAAGCGUUGUGGGAGCUCCGGCCAGUGUGUAUCCAGGUGCUAACUGAGUUUUAACUAGUCCGCUGAUAUUGGGUGGGUUUGUUAAUUUGUUUUUGUCAUAUAGUUCCAAAAGUCAUGCAGAAAUUCCUUCUGGUAGGGUUCCCCCCCCAAGUUUUUAAGUUUGAGAUCAACUCCUUAAGAGCACAGAUACACUCACUCAGGACUUUUUUUUGGUAAUCGUUUUCAACGACUUACUGUCUCAUUAGACUUUAACUCCGCUUGCAUGUUUUGAAGUCAUAUUUUGUGGAGGAGAAAAAUACAGUCAAGAAAGUGGAGGCCAAGAAAUGUAAUUUCUGGCAGACAAGUCUGUUUAAGUCAAGGAAAGCUGCACCUGUCGGAGACACAAAGCGUUAUGUUUUCUUCAUCCAGUUUUCUUCAUGCUUUUCAAACGAUGGGCGUGUCCUCAGAGUAUAGAGCUCUACCUCUUCUCUUU